UGCAGUUCUUUCAAGACUCCCUCUGUCUGUCAUUCAGGGCUGGAAAUAAGGGCACAAGACCAGAUGUUUUAAACUGGAGGAAUUACCUUGUGUACUACUUAUGAACUGGUAUUUCUAUUUAUUUUGUGGUUUUCGUGGGCUUGGCAUAUUGGAGGAAAGAAGGGGCAAAACUUAAUAGGACACACUUUUUUGACACUGAUGUGAAGGAGACCGUUGGGACAGAAGGAUCCACCAUGAAACAUCUGGCCAUUUCAAAAUGGUUAACUCAGCUGGAUCUCCUGGAGUACUGCAACCUUUUUGAUGAGGAGUAUGAUGGAGUAGAGGAUCUGCUCCACUUGACAGAGGCUGAUUUAAAGCAGAUGGGCAUCCACAACCAUGCACACCGGGCACACAUCACCUCCAGCAUCCUGGUGCUUCGAGAGAGAGAGAGGAGGAAAGAUCUGAAGAUGAUGGCUGAAGGGAAGUUCGCCAGCCUCCCCAGGAGCAUGCAUAGGAGCCGGCAGUGCUCGCUGGCUUCUUCCAUGGACCUCCUGAGCAGCAGAGCCGACACAGCAGAACCGCGCACCAAUGCCUACCAGGGGGUUUCCAUCCAUGGCACCCUUCCCAGGAAGAAGAAGGGCACAGCCCCCAUCCGGUCCUGUGACAUGUACAGCCACAUGGGCACGCUGCCACACUCCAGGGUCAGGCCCCUGAAGACCCCGUUGCUUCAUGAUGUGAUUCAGGAGCACCCAUUUGAAGAUACGAGGAUGUGUUUCAGGAACCAGUACGGUAUGGACCCAGCAAUGGAAUAUGUUAAGUUCUCCAAGGAGCGAUACAUCAUGGAUGGCACUCCGGAGCGGCUACGCAAGGAGCUGGAGGAGGAGCUGAAGUUGAGCAGUGAGGAGCUACGAAGCCAUGCCUGGUACCAUGGAGUCAUCCCCAGACAGGUAUCAGAAAGCCUGAUCCAGAGGGAUGGAGAUUUCCUGAUCCGGGAUUCUCUCUCCAGCCCGGGCAACUAUGUCUUGACGUGCCAGUGGAAGAACAGCCCACAGCAUUUCAGAAUCAACAAGAAGGUGAUGGCCAUGAAUGAAGCCUACUCGCGGGUGCAGUACCUGUUCGAGAGGGAGAGCUUUGACAGCGUGCCCUCCCUUGUGCGUUACUACGUGGGGAACCGCAAGCCGGUGUCGGGACUGGUGGGCGCCAUCAUCUUCCAGCCCAUCAACAGGUCCCUGCCGCUGCGAUGCCUGGAGGAGAAGUACAACCCAACGCCCAUCAAGAUCGAGUGCUCCGUGCCGGCCGAGAAAACCGAGAACUGCAAGAGGCUGAGCCUCAACGUCAUGAACAACGGACACUCUCUGGACCACAGAGGCAAUCUCUUGAGAAACAAAGACAAGAGUGGCAGCCAGCCUGCCUGCCUCAACCACAUCCAGGAGAAGAGACGACCACUUAAGACGCAUCAGUCUGAGAGCUUUCUCCCCAUUGGCUCCAGACCCCAUCCUCAGACACAUACAAUGGAGAUGCAGUCACAACAGAAGCCCACCGUGUUCAGGACUGGAAGUGAGCCGGCCCUCAGCCCAACUGUGCCAAAGAGAGUGAUGUUCGAAACGCAGGCCGGGGAGGCCAUCCGGGGUUCGGACAGCCAGCUGUGUCCCAAACCGCCCCCCAAACCUAGCAAAGUGUCGUCCCUGCGGCAGCCACAUUCCCCGCUACUCCAGCAAGCCCCACACAGCCCUGACAUGAACUACUGCGAGCUGAGACCCUGCAGCCCAGCCGACUGGGAGAGGCUUACCCAGACCGCAGUGUCCCCCAGCAGUUACGUGGAGAGGCUGAGGACCGAGGAGAACAUAAAGACCUGCUACAGAAAGUCAGAAACACAUUUUUCUGUGCUGGAGCGGAACUCUUACCAACCCGCCAUGGAGUCAGUGGAAGACAGGAACGAAGAGGAUGAGAAGGGGCCAGUGUUUGUCUGUCCGAUCUUUGAGACCGUAUCCGUAUUUAGACCCAAUGACUUUGAAUCCCGGCUGCUUCCCUCUGAGAACAAACCACUGGAAACGGUAGUCCUCAAAAAAGCCAAAGAGCUUCUUUUGAGGAAGGACCUAAAGACCAUCGCCAAGCAUAUCCUUUUAGCUGACUGCCAGGUUGCUAGGAUAUGGAACGUCUCUGAAGAAACAAAGGGGCUGAUGGGAGUGAACUCCGGCCUAGAACUCAUUACAUUGCCUCAUGGACACCAGCUGCGCCAGGACCUAAUUGAAAGGCACAACACGACGUCAAUCGGGGUAGCGGUGGAUAUUCUGGGCUGCACUGGGAGUCUAGAUGAGCGAGCGAUGGCACUAAACAGGAUCAUUCAAGUGGCGGUGGAACUGAAGGACUCGAUGGGAGAUCUGUAUGCCUUCUCCGCUAUCAUGAAAGCACUCGACAUGCCACAGAUAACCAGGUUGGAGCAAACGUGGACUACCCUGCGACGCAAGUACACUCAGACAGCCAUUACCUACGAGAAAACACUCAAACCAUUUUUUAAAGGUCUAUAUGAAGGAAGUGUAGACGUUCCCCUCAGCAGUACAACAGUCCCCCUCCUGAUGCCUCUUCUCACCCUGAUGGAGCGCCCGGCGGUUAACUUUGAAGCAAUGGAUCUGUGGGAGAGUAACGACCAAGGCUGUGAGAUAAUGUUCCGCCACUUGGAAAGUGGCCGCACUGUAGCUGAAAACGCAGAUACUUACAGGAACAACGCGGAACGCGUUCUACAAGAUUUCCAGCCCAAUGAAGAUAUGCUUGAGAUUUUCAAGACUGAUUUUCAGCUCAGGUUGCUGUGGGGCAGCAAAGGCGCUCAGGUAAACCAGACCGAGCGCUAUGAAAAGUUCAAACUCAUUUUAACCGCUUUGUCAAGGAAGCUGGAGCCUCCCGGCAGACACACUGAAUUAUGAGAUGGCAACAAAAAUAACUAGUCCCAAGACAAAACCCUCUAACGAGGUCUGAAGUAUCCACCAGAGAAAGUCCGUCUGGUUGCAUUUUAAAGUGACCAGGCACUACAUUAAUGUGCAGCUGGUGAGAAAGAUAACAAGAGAGAGAUACAAGGAAGACCAGUUACAAGGAAGAUGGUCAUGGGAGGAUUGAUGUCUAAAUCCCAAUUCUGGUCAAAUUACUGGGGCUACCAAAUACAGUCUGGAAGAUAUCACUCCUCAUGUACUAUAAAUUGUGCAUUUUUUAACCUUUCAUUGACUGACUUAAGUUAGAGAAAAGGCUUUUUGUGUACCGCAAUGUUUUAAACAACAAAAUUGGUUUGGUUGUACACAGUGUAUUAUACCUGCUUAAAGGACAUUUUCCAUUUCCACCAGCAUUUCUAAUAUACAAAUUUGCUUAACUGCUCAGGGCAUAACCGUUUUGUUGGGUAAAUCUCACAUUUACCAAAAGUGCACCGAGAUAGAGCGCUAUACCUGUUGAUAUUGUAAAACACUGGGAAUCUCAUCAUAAAAUUACCUUACUGGUGUGUCUGUUCAUAUACUGAAGUACCACAUCAGUAAAAAAAUGCUGGGUUGGAAGAAAAUAAGGUAACUAUAAAGGAGUUUUAAAAUACGGCAUGUGAAUGCAAGAUUGUGUAAUAUAUUUUCCUGCUGCAAUAUCAUAAACUAACAUGUAAAUAGAAUGACAUAUUCAUUUUAUUAUCUUUAUAUUGGUUUAAAUAUUGUGGAGCCUAAAUGUG